UGCUGUACAUCUCAUACACAGAAUCCUAUAAACCGUAUAAACGUUUCGUUCAAUGCAUUCAACAAAACGUUACUUAUGUUCAGUCCAUCAGUGCUUACACUUUGACAUCCCUUUCCGUUUCGCUCAUACCUUCAGAGUAGACAACAAUUGCAUUGAUUUGCCACUAAUUAUCACAUUAUCACCACUACUGAAGACCAUGCAGAACGACCAAGGUGAAACUGUCGACCUAUACAUCCCCAGGAAAUGUUCGGCGUCCAAUCGGAUAAUCCACGCCAAAGAUCACGCGUCCAUUCAAAUCAAUUUGGCAGAAGUGGAUGAGGCGACGGGUCGGGUCACC